UAUGAGUAUGUUUUUCGGUAUAAUGCAGGUUUUCACUUUGAUAGCCAAAUGACUCCACAAAGAGAGCAGAAAAAAAUAGCUGGCUCCACUUAUCAUAUUGUGAAAUAAUUGACAGAUUAAACAAUCACAUUAAAACAACAUUAAUAUUUGAAGAACGGGAACUUCCUCGUUCAUGAACAGGUCCUCUAAUCCCUUCCUCCUGCCACACCUUGUCUCUACCGCAUGAUCUUUGGGUAAUUUGAAUUCUGGUAGAGGGUUCGUUUAACUUGAAUCGAAAGUGAAAGUGUUGGAUGAUGACUAAGGGAGCAGAGAGAGAGAGGAGGCAAGAACAGAAGACAAAGGAGAUCUCUAUUAUCUGGAUCAGCUAACACACCAUGAUGCGUUGCCUCCAAGACCAGGAUGCUCUCGUCCCUCGGCCUCGGGGGACUUUGCCCAAGGUGUGUGCUGUGGCGCUGGCUGCCAUGACAAUAGGAGGCGUCGUGUUUCUGUCUCCUGAAAGGUUCUUCGGAUGGGUUGCCAUGGUAAUCCUCAUCCUGACCCUUGGCCCUCUGCUGCACGGGCUCUGUCUGAUGGCAGAGGAGAUGCUGAACCAUUCAAAUACGAGGUAUAGAGGCCGGAGGCUGCUGAGCCACGUGCUGCCAGCCUGUGGUUUUGGGGGAAAGACCCUGCUGGCUGCGGGGCUGGCAGGCCUGCUGCUCUACCUGGCCGGACCGCCUCUGCCACACAAAGACCAAUGCUGGAAACUCCUCAUCCUGACCUCGGCCCUGUACGCUGUGUUCAAAAGCCUGGGAGUCCUGGGUCCGUCGGAAGUGGAGGUGUCCGACAUCUGCGAGGGGAGGAAGAUGAACGUGGCCUUCUACCUGGGCUACCUGCGACUGGUGCUGCCGCGCUUAGAGGACUCCAUCACAGCAUUUUGUGACACCCAUAAGGCCUUCUUGGGUCGUGGCUCCAGGAAGCUCCUCAUCCUUAUACCUGUCAACGCCAACAUUUCUCACAAGAUGGAGGAAGAGGACGACAACAUCCAUUUCUAUGACAACCUGCCCAACAACGAGAUAAACAGGGCAGGCAUCCGGGGGCGGGUCUACAAGCACAGCGUCUACAGAGUAUUGGACGAGCAUGAGAAGGUCCAUGCGUGUGUGGCGGAGUAUGCAACGCCUCUGCUGACGCUGUACAGCAUGUCCCAGGAGAGGAGCGCUGGUUUCGGGGAGCCGGAGCGCCGACAGCAGGUCCUGCUCUUCUACAGGACCCUGCAGGAAAUACUGGAGCACUCGCUGGAGUGUCGCAACCGCUACAAACUCAUCCUGCUCAAUGAUGAGCACGAGGACGACCCUCACCUCCUGUCCAAAGCCCUCCUCAGACACCUGCAGCAGCAGGAGAGAGAGGAGUUCUGCCUCACCCCGCCUCCUCAACAGGAGGUGGUGCACCCCGUCGCAUGGACAUCAAGCGCCCCGCCAAGUGCUCCGGCCAUGAACGGUGACUGUCACCUCCAUGAGCCAAUGAGCAGGGAGCCUACGCUCAUGUUCAGCCUGGAGGAACCUCAGCCACUGAAGGAACCUGUUGAGGACAGCGACCAUUAUUGAGGACACAUAUACACACAUGCUCAGGCUCACAGGAACAUAAACACACACAUGCAUGCACACACACUGUUAUACUAUAUUCUUGUCAUAUACCAAGAUGACGAUUAAAAAAAAAACCUGUACGCCUCAUUUUCUGAAAUGUGAUUUAUCUGCAGAGUCUAUUAUAUCUGUCUGUGUCUGAAUUCAUAGAUAUUAAAUAAAUGCAAAUGACUACA